CAUAGACAGCAUCUAUCACCAUGGGUUCCAACAAACCUCGAGGACUUCACGCUGCUCGACAGCUCCGAACAUCGCGUAGAGAGAACCGAUGGGCCGAUGCCGCUUACAACAAGCGUGCUUUGGGAAAGUUUUACAAGACUUCUCCUACUGGUGGUAGUUCCCAUGCUAAAGGGAUUGUUUUGGAGAAGGUCGGUGUCGAGGCUAAACAACCCAACUCUGCUAUCCGAAAAUGUGUCCGUGUCCAACUCAUCAAGAACGGUAAGAAAGUCACGGCUUUCGUUCCCAAUGACGGUUGUUUGAACUUUACCGACGAGAACGACGAGGUGCUCAUCUCCGGUUUCGGUCGACGUGGAAAGGCAAAGGGUGAUAUUCCCGGUGUCCGUUUCAAAGUUGUCAAGGUCUCCGGUGUGGGUUUGAUGGCUCUUUGGAAAGAGAAGAAGGAGAAGCCUAGGUCGUAGUUUGACUCACAGCUUGCAUGUAUGAUGAUACAUUUCCAUCU